GAAUAUUUCUCUUAAAUGUCUAACCCCCCCCCCCCAGGGUUCAAGCUGCCCAGACGGUUGCACCAGCUCAUUAUCCUGCGUUACUCGGAGCCCGACCUCGCCAUCGACUUUGACAACUUCGUGUCCUGCCUGAUUCGCCUGGAGACCAUGUUCAAGACAUUUAAAACUCUAGACACGGAUGCAGAUGGAGUCGUUUCUUUCAGCUUCAUGCAGUGGAUCUCUCUCACCAUGUUCACCUAGCAACCGGAAAACUUGCUACACCUCACCUCCGAUCUCCAACCUCUGAUCUCCUAAAAGUGCCUUUUUAGUGCUAGGAUUCACCCAACCAACACCCCCCACCCCCCCAGACCAGUUCAGCACAGGCUCUGUCUGUCUGUCAAUCUGUCUGUUACACACACUGAAACACACACACACACACUCUGACAGUCAUAGGUACAGACAGCAUGCAGCGCUAGUGCUGUCCACUAGAGGGCAGGCUUUCUAUUGUGUUUAUUGCUUUAUAAGGAUUGCAUGUUAAAGUGGAGACCGAGUUUCGGUGCCGAGCAGCUUCUUCUCAGCAAUUUGUUUUUUAAACACUUCAAUCAUGCCAACAGUUUCAGUUUGGUUGUUUUUUUCAGU